CCUUAAAUGAUAUACUUAUGAACAAUUAAUUGUUUCAUUUUGUGAGCAACAACGAUCGGUGUAUGCAUCGUUUUAAAAAGUGACUAUCACCGGUAUAUGUGUCAUAAUCCAAUAUGGUGGGGUUUACAACUUAACCUUGUUGCACUUAGCGUGAAACACGGUCGCGUCAAAAGUCAAGUCCACGAGUAACGAGGAGUAACAAUGGCACCCGUGGAUUUUUCUCCAGCAGGUAACAUGAGCGGAUUUGAAUUGGUGUGUUCCCUGAAAUCAAAUGACAUCAUUCCUGUCCAUAAAUACAAAUCCACGAACACGGGUCUUACUGUGGUAAUAGCUGAGGUCGACGGUCCAGUUGUUUGUGGAUAUCUCUGCCUUGCCACUGAAGCCUUUGAUGAUGAUGGACUACCUCAUACUUUGGAACAUCUUAUUUUCAUGGGAAGUGAAGAAUACCCAUAUAAAGGUGUACUUGAUCUGUGGGCUAAUAGAUGUCUGGCAUCUGGUACUAACGCUAUGACAGACACCGAUCACACUUUUUAUACGAUGACUACUGCUGGUAGUGAAGGGUUUCUUUCAUUAUUGCCUGUGUACCUCGAUCAUAUUCUGUAUCCUACACUUUUGGAUUCCGCAUAUAUCACCGAAGUGCAUCACAUCACAGGAGAAGGUGAAGAUGCAGGAACAGUAUAUUGUGAAAUGCAAGGAAACGAAACUACGGGAGAAGUCAUGGUAUACAGAGCAUUGUGGAGAGCUAUGUAUCCAGGUCACUGUGGUUACAAAUCCUACACUGGAGGUGCUCUAAAGAAUUUACGAGAGAGUACCAAUAACGAAAAAGUUAGGAAUUAUCACAAAGAAUUCUACAGGACAGAAAAUUUAACAGUUAUAAUAGCUGGCCAAGUUAAACAUGCUGAUGUCUUCAAGGCCUUACAUCCAAUAGAGGCGAAAGUUAUGUCAAAGGGCAGCAAAGGUCCUUUUACAAGGCCUUGGCAGAAUCCAGUACCACCGCUUACUGAAAGUGUGGAUCUGGACAUUCAUUAUCCUUGUGAUGAUGAAGACAAUGGUAUUGUUAAUGUAGGAUGGCGAGGUCCUUCUAGCGUUACCGAACUGUAUGAUCUUAUUGGAUGUUCUAUGAUCCUUAAGUAUCUUACUGAUAGCUCAGUGAGUCCUCUACAAAAGGAGUUCGUGGAAAUAGAUGAUCCUUACGCUAGUAAUGUCGCAUACUCCCUAGCUGACAAUUCGAUAUCACUCUUAUACUUGGCCUUUGAGAGUGUUCCUAAGGAAAAGAUUGGUCUUGUCAAAGAUCGUCUUAUAAAAAUUCUUUCUGAUAUAGUUACCAAAGAUAAUGGUAUUGAUAUGAAGAGAUUGCGUACUGUAAUUUAUAGAUAUACGCUCGAAACCCUGAGUGAUUUGGAGAACAGUCCACAUCAUUCUGUGGCAUAUAAGAUCAUUGGUGACGCCCUUUAUGGAAAUACGAAGGACGACCUGAGUCAGAGGUUGAAUGAGGUUGAGGAUCUAGGAAAAUUAAGCGCAGAACCGGAGUCAUAUUGGGUAAAUCUCAUUAAAAAAUACCUGGUAGAUGCACCAAUUGUAGUAGUCAAAGGAAUUCCUAGUAUUGAAACACAGCGAGAAAUGGCUAGUUUGGAAAAAGAACGUAUAAAGAAUCAAAUAGAGAGAUUGGGCGAAGAAGGUCUCAAACAAAAAGAACGUGAACUUCAGGAAGCUAUUAUUCAUAAUGAGAGACCAAUUCCUGAUGACAUGCUAAUGUCAGUAUCUAUCCCAAGCACAGAUUCUAUCAAUUUCCAUCACAUUAAAAGCUACACGUCUGAUACAACAGAACAACAUCCAAAACUAGAUGUGGGUAACUUGCCAUUCUACACUUAUCUGGAUCAUGUCAACACAAACUUUGUCUAUAUGCUUGUCGUCCUGGAUACUUGUUUUAUACCGAAUAAUCUGAGACCCUACAUUCCUCUGCUUUUGGAAUCCAUUUUGGAAUGUCCUGUUAAAAGAAAUGAUCAACUCAUUCCUUAUGAACAGGUUGUUGAAGAAUUACAAGGAGAUACUGUAGCAAUUAACAUUAAAAUAGGUUGCGAAGAUAGAGGUAGAUUUUCAUGUGGAUCCUUUAGCCACAGUGUCACUUUCUUGCUUCAGUUUGAACCUGCUAAAUACCCUAAAGGUGUACAGUGGAUUAAAGAGCUUUUGUACGAAACUGAAUUAACACCAGAAAGAUUAAAAAUCAUAGCCGCAAAAAUGAUAAAUGAUGUUGCCCAGGCAAAACGAAACGAAAACAAGGUUACUGGUGAUCUUAUGAAGGAUUUAAUAUACAACAAAGAUAGCAAUCACUUCGCAUCGAGUAUGUUGCGUCAACAAAAGUUCUUGACGAAGGUAAUGGAGCGAUUGAGCAAUGAAGCUGAUCAAAAAAAGGUUGUGGCAGAGAUCGAAGAAGUUCGCAAAGCUCUAACCACUCCAAAGAACAUGGUCCUCUACAUAGCGGCUAACGUGGAUAAACUGGUAGCUCAAAUUCCUGACAUUUAUACACCAUGGAAUACGCUAUUUGCUAAUAUGGAUAACUGCGAGAAGUCAAAGCUUCAUGUUACUCCUGACUGGUUUCUAAUGAAGUCUCCUGACAGUGAAUCCAUUAAGGGUUGUGUAACUGGCCUAGGUUGUACAGAAUCUGCAUUUUUCUCUCAGUGCAGCCCUGGCAUCAAGGAUUUUCAAAGUCCUGAUCUGGCUCCAUUACUGGUUUUUUUACAGUAUUUCACACAGAUGGAAGGUCCAAUGUGGAGACAAGUUAGAGGGCAAGGUCUAGCUUACAGCUAUAGCAUAUUUCCGAAACCUCACGAUGGGCUUUUAUAUUUAACCUUUUACAGAGCAGCCAAUGUAGUAGCAGCAUAUAGGGAAUCCAAAUCUAUUAUUGAAGCACAUCUAUCGGGUGAUAAAUGGGAACGUUUACUAUACGAAUCGGCAAAAUCAUCUCUAAUUUUCGAAAUGAUUGAGAAAAGAAUGAGCAUCGGGGACGUGGUGACCGAAUCAUUAUUAUGCUAUUUCCAGAACAUAACGCAUGAAUAUGAUUACCAGAUGGUGCAGCGCAUAUCGGCCGUAACAUUAGAAGAUAUGAGUCGCGUAGGAUCGCAAUAUAUAAAGCGAUUGUUCGAUCCGAAAGAAUGUAAGACCGCUAUUGUCUGUCAUGCAUCAAAAGCUGCUGAGAUCACUGAAGGUUUCAAACAAUUCAAUCUUGAGCUGAAACUUUAUAAUACUCUUGAAGAAAGUUUCUUAAAUGAUUGGUAAAAAGAAGAAUAAUCGCGUUGAUCAACCUAUAUAUUCGACUUGAAUUAUUGGAAAACGUUCUGCCUCAAAUUCCAGUUCAAUUUAUAGUAUGUUUUAUGAAAUUUGAGUCAUAGAUUCUGAAUCUUUAACAUUUAAACUUUUAUAUAUACACUGAUGCAAAGUUAUACUGAGAACCUAAAAAAAUGUAACUUUGUAACAUUCAGAAUGAAGAGAAUUAUAAGAAGUGCAUUUUUAAAUAAGAUACAAGAGAAACACUGCA